AUGGACAAAUUGCCUGAAUGCAACAUUCACAAAAUAUUGUCGUACCUUAGUUUUGAAGCAGCAGCCCAGACGAGCAUACUGUCCAAAAAAUGGUUACAAGCCUGGUUCACCAAUCCCAACCUGAAAGUCAAAGUUGGGUAUGGCAAAGGCAAUAAUAAUAGAAAAAUAGUGGACAAAAUCAUGGAGAGAUAUAGGGAAAGAAAAAUCCCUAUAGAAAAGUUUGAGCUAUCAGUUUCAACCUCUGCUUAUCAUCAUCCUCUUGCUUUCCCUUGGAUAGAUAAGUGCCUUGACAUUGCUCUUCAGAAUGGUGUAAAAUAUCUGGUAUGUGCGGUUUCUGUCCCCUCAUACCCCUUCCCUAUUUCCACAUUCUUGGUGUCAGAAUCUUUAAGAGAAUUGGUUCUAACGGGUUGUGAUUUGAUGAAUCUUUCGUUAUCUACUAGUCAAGUGGCGAACUGCCAGUCUUUGAGAAAGAUUUCUCUAACUGAUGUUCGUUUAGACAAUAACGUGCUUCAGACUCUGCUUAAUUAUUGUCCCUUGAUUGUCGAUGUCAUCAUUAUGUAUUGUCGUUUAUUGACAAAUAUUGAGCUGCGGAAUCUUCAAAAUAUCAAGUCAGUUUCUAUUUUAUCAAGCGGCAGUCAUAACAAGAGUGUUAAAAUUCAAGCACCAACUCUAGAACACCUGUCUUAUUCUGGGUCUUGGAAAGAAUUCAUAGUAUUGGAUAUUGUUGAAUGUCAGAAUCUAAAAUCUUUAAAGCUAUCACAUAUGACGAUAUCUGAAGGAUUUCUAGAGCACCUUAUUUCUACAUCCCAAUUCCUUGAGAGUUUGUUAAUAGAUAACGUUUGUGGAGAGUUGGAAAGGUUUAACAUUUGCGGGAGUCAAUCGCUAAAGGUCUUGGGGAUUCAGUUUUGUAAGGACAUAGGGGAGAUUGAUGCUUCAAAUUUGGUAUCACUUGAGUAUAUGGGUAGUACAAUUCCUGAGCUUAAAAUUGCAAAAGAGUCUGGUCAAUUGAAGAACUUGCGAACAAAUCUUAGUUGCUAUGGGCACAAUGAUUUAAAUGCUGCAUGGUUUUGUAAGUUGAGGAAAUUCCUAUCAAACUUGACCUCUUGGUCUCAUCUUUCCCUUUAUUUUGACAAAUGCAAUGAGAUCAACAUGAAAGAUUUGCAAGUGCACUAUAGUGUUGCUACCUCUCAAGUGGACGUUUUAACUGUAUGGCUUAAAAGUUCACCUGUGGAGUGCCCAAGUUUUGUGGAUGCUUUGAUAUGGAGUUGUCAUCCUAGGAGACUCAACUUUUUCUCUAGUACUAUUGAAGUGAUUACAUGCUUCAUGGACCGUUUAACGUAUAUGAAGAAUUCGAGUCAUUCUACUUCUCAUGGAAGAAAGCCUUGGCACACUCAAUUAUACGAAGUAAGAGCCUACAAAUUUGGCUCGGCUGUGGAACUCAGAAGUGGUGAACUGGCGACCCUUACGGAGAGGGAGGAUGCUGGGGGUGCAAUGGCAAGUAUAAGAUGGAUUACCACAAUGGAAAUCAAACCACAGUGA